AUGACUGCCAGGGUUCUGAUCUUCGCCUACCGAAAGCCCGGUCUAUCCCUCGAGGAGUUCAGAACGCUCUAUGAGGAACAUGUCGCAAACUUGAAGAAGCUGGCGGGUGACGAUUUUCCCCUCUCUCACAAGCGCAGCUAUAUCGCGCGCAAUAACACGCCAAAUGACGGUGCCACUGCUCGCAAUGCCACAACUCCAGCUAUUGUGAUUGCCGGACAGCAGUCAGACUUUGACUUUGAUGCCCAGGCCGAACUUACAUUUGCCAGCCCAGAGGCCCUUCAGGCUUUCGUUGCGAAAGUUCAAGCACCAGAGGCUGCCGCUCAGAUAGCAGAGGAAGAGGAGAAGUUCUUGGACCGGUCUAAGCUAAGCAUAGCGAUGCUGGGGGAUGUCGUUGAGACUACGAAAUAA